ACACACACACACACACAAUCUUUCUACGCAUUUUGCCUGUCACUUAAUAGGCGAGCAAUAAAGAUGUGAUUAAGACUGGAAGAUUUCUGCUCAAAGGUAACCUAGAUCUAUCUCCAGUUACGAUUUUGACCAGAUGAAAAGGAAACAAGGGGAAAGGUGAGGGUCGUAGAUUUCCUGAUCGAGCAGCCGUUUCUCUAUUUUGAUAUGCAAAUCCAGAGCCUGACAGCUGCCGGUUAGUGUCCUUGAAAACCUUGGUCAAGAAAUUUAGCUUGGGUGGGUCUGGAAAUGAGUCAUGGGGGAUGCGAUUAAAGGACACUUUGCCUGAGGUUUGUGUUGCCGGGCAGCCAAGGAGACCAGAGUCACACUGCUGCCAGAACGACAAGAAAGGUAGAAGAGAAGCUUGAGAAGCGUAAGCUGUCAUUGUAUCCAAGGUUGGUAAAAGCUGCUGCAGUGCAACCAAACGCAGAGACACCUUCCACUGCACUGAGUCCCUCAAAAAAGCAAACCACCCCUAAAACCCGAAUACUGUUCGGUGGAGAAUAGCGCCAAGGUGGAAAGGAAGGAUCUGGCUUUCUAGGAGGAGAAGCAGAAACGAAUCCAAGAGAUAACACUGAAAAAAGGCUAAGGUCUCGGGAUGGGAGGAAAGCGCACAAAAAAGACCAUGUGUUUCCAACCAACGUAGCAAAACAAACUCCCUUGGUCCCGCCUAGCGGCUGUCACGUGACUCCACGCGCACGGGCGCUUCCGGGGGAGCGUGGUAACAGCUUGGGGGUUCUUCCCGUUCGGCCGCCUCAGACUCAAAGUUUUGUUAUUGGGUGGGUCCCCAUUUCCACUCCACUCCGCUCCACUCUUGGGUUCCCGCGAGCCCGCCUCGUAUUAGCCAUGGCAGCAGGCCCAAGAGCGACCACGGAUACGACCCCUGCAGCUGGGGCUGCUGGGGAGGAAGGUGAACAUGUUAAACCUUUCACACCAGAGAAAGCAAAAGAAAUCAUAAUGUCUUUACAACAACCUGCAAUCUUCUGUAACAUGGUUUUUGAUUGGCCAGCACGGCACUGGAAUGCUAAACACCUUUCUGAGGUCCUUCAUGGAAAGCAGAUACGAUUCAGAAUGGGAAUGAAAAACACAAAUACAGUCCCUCAGUUUGAAACCACAUGUAGUUACGUGGAAGCUACACUUGAAGAGUUUCUGAACUGGAACUGUGACCAGUCUCGUGGCUCUGGACCAUUUAGGAAUUAUGAUCAUUCCCAGUUCUGGGCUUAUGCCGACUAUAAAUAUUUUGUCAGUCUUUUUGAAAACAAGACAGAUGUUUUCCGGGAUGUGAUAUGGUCUGACUUCGGGUUUCCUGGAAGAAAUGGACGGGAAAGUACAUUAUGGAUUGGCUCCCUGGGGGCCCAUACCCCCUGUCAUCUGGACUCCUAUGGUUGCAACUUGGUGUUCCAGGUACAAGGAAGGAAAAGAUGGCACCUCUUUCCUCCUGAAGAUACUCCUUUCCUUUACCCAACAAGAAUCCCUUAUGAAGAAUCUAGUGUGUUCAGUAAAAUCAGUGUUGUCAAUCCUGAUUUAAAAUGUUUUCCUCAGUUCCGGAAAGCUCAAAGACAUACAGUUACACUGAACCCAGGACAGGUUCUGUUUGUUCCCAGACACUGGUGGCAUUAUGUAGAAUCCAUUGAUCCGAUUACUGUCAGUAUAAACUCAUGGAUUGAACUGGAAGAGGACCACCAAGCCCGGGUAGAAGAGGCGAUCACCCGUAUGCUUGUAUGCGCUCUGAAAACCGCAGAGGAUCCAGACAAUACCAAAGCGUGGUUAAACCCAACUGAGAUUGAGGAAACAUCCCAUGAAAUCAAUUGUCGCUACUUAAAUGAAGCUGUUUCAGCUCUUUUUGAUCAUUACAGAACGUCGAAGAAGGUUGAUAUUGAAGCAUUAGGAACAAAUGGAGAGCACACGAAAACAGAAGGAUUAAAUGUUCACAACCACAUGGAGGUGGAACAACCACAUAGCCAGAACUUAACCACGGGAACCGUAAAACAGGAGGCAGCAAGUCCCUUUGGCCCUGAUCUGGUUCCUGUGAUGCCAAGUUCUGAAGAACCAUCCACAGAAAGGGGACGCAUUUUUGAAAGUGAUGGCAACAGUUUGGAUGGCGAACACUUUGGAAAAUCACAUUGUACAAAGAGGCAACGAAUGAUGUAUAAAAGCAAGAAUGCAAUUGUGGAACAAAUUGCUUCAAAUAGUACUGUGGCCCCUUCUCAAACAUUCAUUUCUACAGAUGACUUGCUAGACUGUUUGGUGAAUCCACAAGUAACCAGGAUAGUGGCUCAACUUUUGAUACAAGGAAGGACUUUGUGAUUCUAAUAGAUGAAUUUUUAACUGAUAUUUCAAAAAUAUUUUUUAAAUGGAAUGAUUUUUAAAUAAAAGAUGGAGCCAUAAAAGGCCAAUUUGUACAUGCUUGUAAAUGCACUGGUUCUUCCGAAUUAAAUUUCAAAGUCUCUUGCCACCUUCUUUCAUGCACAUUGUUCUCUGGCCGCCCUGGCCCCUUGUCAUUUGUAGGACUUCUUUCCUCACUGCCUUUGUUCAUCGUUUUCUUCUCCACCCCGUUCUUUCAGUCAGUCUCAAAUGUAAGCCCCAGUCUCUAUUGGCCUAAACCAGGGGUCAGCAAACUGCAAAUAAAAUUUUAUUGGGGCACUGCCACAUGCAUUUGUUUAUAUAAUGUCUGACUACUUCAGGGUUAGUGGCAGAGACUGUAUGGCCUGCAAAACGGAAAAUAUUUACUAUUUACAGAAGAAAUUUGCCAACCCCUGGCCUAAUGGGUCCAUUGGGUGGAUUCUGCCCUUUUUCCAACAUGAUCUCACUUCUGAUACCUGCAGAAUUUUCACUGGUUAAUCUGUCAUCCAGAGCAGGACACCAACCAGGAGAAAAGUAGGUGGUCAAAUAUGAGGCCCCCUUAUGGAAGGAACUGGAACAUCUAGGAACACCAGUCCUGGGAAUAAAAAGGAUGAGAUGCUACUGACUCCUGAAAGAGUGACUAAAAGCUUGGGUAGGUGAAAUUGAUCCCAUUCUCAUUACAUUUGCAAGAAGACCUGGGGAGAGCUAUUACCAUUAUUGUCUAAGUAUGAAUUUGGAAAUUGGAGACAUAUUGAUCUCUGAGUAACCAAGUAUGAAACAAAUACACAGUAGAAAAGAUAUGCAACUUAACCUCUUGGGACUAAUUGACUCCUGGCCCCAUUCUUCUGUCUUCAGACUGAUAGUAUCGA